CGGACCUCGGGCGCUGCCGAGACUUUAUGUCCACCUUCGGCUGCCAUCGGCAGCAUCCCUUUUAGCCCCGCCCUCCGCCUCCCGGCUAGGCGGCUUGGCCCACUGGCCCGGCCCCGCCCGCCAUAUUGUCGCCGCCGCCGCCUGUGGAGGGACCGGUCAGCGAGCGACUGACAGACGAAGGGACGCCACCAUGGAAACCAUGGCGAGCCCUGCAAAAGAGAACAACUACAGAAUGAAGAGUUACAAAAACAAGGCGCUGAACCCUGAAGAGAUGCGCCGGAGGAGAGAAGAGGAGGGGAUCCAGCUACGCAAACAGAAACGGGAGCAGCAGCUCUUUAAACGAAGAAAUGUGGAGCUAAUUAAUGAAGAUGCUGCUAUGUUUGACAGUCCUCAUGUAGACUCCUUUGUUAGCUCUACCACAGGUGGGGAAGGUGUGAUCACAAGGGAGAUGGUGGAAAUGCUGUUCUCAGAGGACCCUGAUCUUCAGCUAGCAACUACCCAGCGCUUCAGGAAAUUGCUUUCAAAAGAGCCCAAUCCUCCAAUAGAUGAAGUGAUAAGCACGCAGGGAGUGGUGGACAGGUUUGUGGAGUUCCUAAAAAAAAGUGAGAACAGCACAUUGCAGUUUGAAGCUGCAUGGGCAUUAACAAACAUUGCCUCAGGUACCUCACUACAAACCAAAAUAGUAAUUGAGGCUGGAGCAGUUCCAAUCUUCAUCGAGUUGUUGAGCUCUGAUUUUGAAGAUGUCCAAGAGCAGGCUGUUUGGGCACUGGGGAACAUCGCUGGAGACAGUUCUGCCUGUCGCGAUUAUGUACUCAACUGUGGUAUCCUUCCUCCUCUGUUGUUGCUCCUCACAAAAUCUACCAGGUUGACAAUGACGCGAAAUGCUGUCUGGGCAUUAUCAAACUUGUGCAGAGGGAAAAAUCCACCCCCUGAAUUUGAGAAGGUGUCUUCGUGUUUGCCAGUCUUGUCACGCUUACUCUUCAACAGCGAUUCAGACUUGCUGGCAGAUGCAUGCUGGGCACUCUCCUACCUGUCUGAUGGGCCCAAUGAGAAAAUCCAGGCUGUAAUAGAUUCAGGGGUGUGUCGGCGACUGGUGGAACUGCUGAUGCACAGUGAUUACAAGGUGGCCUCCCCAGCUCUGCGAGCUGUUGGCAACAUUGUGACAGGGGAUGAUAUACAGACGCAGGUGAUCCUGAAUUGCUCAGCUUUGCCUUGUCUCCUUCAUCUACUAAGUAGCCCCAAAGAGUCUAUCCGGAAAGAAGCAUGCUGGACCAUCUCCAAUGUCACAGCAGGGAACAGGGCUCAGAUACAGGCAGUCAUAGAUGCCAACAUUUUCCCAGUCCUGAUCGAGAUCUUGCAGAAGGCCGAAUUCCGCACAAGAAAAGAAGCCGCUUGGGCAAUCACAAAUGCGACAUCAGGAGGAACCCCAGAACAGAUCAAAUAUUUAGUAAAUCUUGGUUGCAUUAAGCCUCUGUGUGAUCUUCUGACUGUCAUGGACUCCAAAAUUGUUCAAGUGGCCCUGAAUGGCCUGGAGAACAUCUUGCGACUGGGUGAGCAGGAGGCCAAGCAGAAUGGCUCCGGCAUCAACCCCUAUUGCAGCCUCAUCGAGGAAGCAUAUGGCUUGGAUAAAAUAGAAUUUCUCCAGAGCCAUGAAAACCAAGAGAUCUACCAGAAGGCCUUUGAUCUGAUUGAACACUACUUUGGCAUUGAAGACGAUGACUCCACUUUGGCUCCCCAGGUAGAUGAGACCCAACAGCAGUUCAUCUUCCAGCAACCAGAGGCCCCCAUGGAAGGCUUCCAGCUAUAACGUGUGUGCAGAGUAUGGGGGGGAGGGAAGAACACCACAGUGUUGCUGGGUAGUGAACUGCAGAGAGCCCCAGCUCUCUAUUCUUCUUCUCAGCCAAGCAGAAAGCUGCAAAGUGCCCACUCCACGUGUUACAAAACAGCUCUCUCCUUCGCAGACACACAGCAGCAAUGCUUUGCUCUCAUGAAGAAGAGAGAUUCUUACACAAUACAUUUUUUCUUGUGCUGCUGCACGUGUGUCAAAAAAGCAGGUGCUGAGGUGGAUGAAAGAGGAGGUGUAAAUCAGUGACUAGUGUGGUUUUCCUCUGGGUUUUUUUGUGUUGGUUUUUUCUCAGAUGCGUAUCUUCGCUUGGGUACUUGAGAGAUGACUUUUUUUUCCAGUGAGAGAAGGCAAAAUAACAUAGAUCAUAACCAAGGAAUCUAAUCCUGGAUGCUUGGGGUCAACUAUUUAAUUUUCUUUUGCACAUCUUAAUUUUUAUUAAAGACUCUUGACCGAUCUGCCAAAAGCAGCACUUUGGCCCACAUUGUGGUUUUUUUUUAAACCCUUUUGCCAAACAGCACCUUUUCAAGGAGUUUGGGCCAAGUUGAUGUUGCUCUCACCCCCGCCCUAAUAAUAUUCCUGUGUCCAGAUGCAGGAAAGGUUGGACAACCCCAUCCCACCAUGCAUUGGAAAGACUGUCCUUCAUGGGGGGCAUUCUUUUUUUAACUGCUCCAGAGUUCAAACAGGGCAGCAAUCCCCAGAGCCUCCUGAAGGCCCAGUCUAAGGAGGAGGCAUAUGAUAAAAGGACUCAAAGCACAGCGACCAUGAAGGUGGGCUUCACUUACAUUUGCUACUGACUGAAGUGUUGAACUGGUGAAAGAAACCCCAUCCUGCAUCUUUACUUGAAGAAAAAUUGCAAAACUUACUGAAGCCUAUUGGUUCUAUGUCAUUUAUUUUAACAUUUUUCUUGAAUGGCAGGCUGAUGUGGGAACAAAUCUGGCAUAUUUCUUGGAGCAGGUAGCGCAGCUGCACUUAGUGGCACAUAAUAUGCUCUCAGUUCAAAUAGUCAACUGGCCUGUGUUUUCUCAGACUUAUCUCCUGCUCACAACUGUAUCGUGUACAUUCUACUUCAAAAUGAAGAAGACAAAGCUCUGUAUUUUUUAUAUAUUAUAUAUACACGUAGAUAUUUGUCUAAUUUGGUCUCCAAAGGGGGGGAAACAGUAAUUCUUUUGAGGCAUAUAAAUAGGAUAGCGUGUGGCAGGCCUGCUUAGGAACAUGGCCAUGAAAACCUCUUUGGUUCUCUUGAGUUCUCCUUUUACUGACUGUCCGAGGUGCCAGAUGAGUUGAACACACUUUACCAGGUAUAGAUUAUUUGGCUACGGCAAUGUCUACUGCAGCAGAAAAUGGCAAACUAGGAGUUUAUUUCUGAGAUAGGAAAGGCCUCUUCAGAUGGUUUAAAAGCUUACAGUGUGCACAUAUGUCCCCUCCUUCUCACUCUCAGACAUUUGAAUUCAGGGUUCCAAAAGCCUUCAAGAACAGAUGUUCAAGCAGGUGUGAAGUUGGAUGUAAAGCCUUGGGUUGUAUUUUGUAAUAGAGAUUUGCUCUUCGUUGUUUAAAAAAAAUGCCAAGGAAACUUAAUAAACUACAUCUGUGCAUUCAA